AUGAGCUCCAGUCGGGCAGCUCUCUUUGUCGACGACAAGAUCUCUCAAGCUGUUGUGCCUAAAGACUACUCGAUCCGUCCGCUCAAGCAAGACGACCAUGAACGCGGCUUUUUGACUAUCCUAGAUGCUCUUGUGUCAACGCAGCUUCCCUUGAGCAGAGAGAUAUUCACAGCACCUUUUCAGGAGCUGCAACAAGCCAAUCAGGUCUGGCUCAAUACUCUCGUCCUCGUCAUUCUUGACCGUGAUGACCAGAUAGCUGCAACAGUCACGCUGCUUGUGGAGCAUAAAUUCUUGCGUGCAGGAGCCAUUGCAGGCCACAUUGUGGAUAUUGCCGUACGUCCUGAUCAGCAGGGCAGAGGCUUUGGCCGCAUUCUUGUCGAGGCGUUGACAAAACUUGCUGAACGACAAGGAUGCUACAAGGUGAUUCUAGACUGUGACGAGAAGAACUUCGCAUUCUAUGAAAAGUGCACAUACGAGAGAGCUGGUAUAGAGAUGAAGAAUUACUUUUGA